GUUUCAAACAAAACACCGAACAACACCGAAUAUAUAACAUUCUGCGAGCACGGAUUUUCGUUGUCACCAUGGCCCCAUGGGAAGUCCUUGACCUAGUUUGUCACCAUCUUGACCCCAAAUCCCUAGCCGUAGCCUCAUGUGUGUGCAAGUCAUGGCUCAUUUCCAUGUCCUCUGAUCACCUUUGGAAGCCAAUUUGCACAUCCAAUUUCCCUUCUCUCUCUACCCUCAAAAUCACAAACCCUACCGUCCCCUACCGCCGCCUCUAUGUCAUUGGCUGCUCCGCUGCCAAACGCCGCCGACAAACGCCCCCGAAACCCCGCCUUCUUCUGGACAACCUCAUCUUCACAAUCAACAUCUUCCGCCACAACAAUUCAUCAUCAAACAGUUUCUGCACUCUCGCAAAACCCGGAAAUGAGCUAACCCUCGAUCCCAAUGGCAUCUUCAAGUUCGACAUCGAUGUUGAUAACUACGAUGUGUUUGAGGCAUUGGAAGAUGAGGAGGUGGUGAGAGUGACGUGGAACGUGGUGUUGGAAGGGUGGAGGGGUGUUUUUGGGAUGAUGGAAAAUUGUAAAGGUAAAGGAGGGGUGGAGGGUUGGUUUUCGGAGGAGCUUCCUUCUCCGGGGUGUUGUUGCCGUUUGAGUGCGGUUGCUUGUAGUGGGAUUGUGGCGGAUUUGAAGUUGGGGUUUUGUGAUGGAAGGAGGAAGGUGAAGAAAGUGAGUGUGGGGAUUUUAUGUGUUGUAAAUUGGAGAUACGUGAGCGUUGAUGAUGCUCUGAGAUACUUGCAACAUUUUCUUCUACCUUGUGCUGUAUGAACUAAUUACAUCAUCUUUUAUUUUUAUUUUUAAUGUAAUUUGUAGUUUGGCCUACAAGCUGUUUAUUGGGUGUUUGGUGCCCAGAAAAACAAAUCGGAACUGAUAUAUACAAGCAAGGACUAUGGCUCAAA